AUGCUUCGCCGGAAACCCACAGCCAUAACCAUCACCACCGAAGACAUAGCCGCCUUCGAAAAAGCGCGCCUACGCCAGCAACAACUCAAAGAGAACAACAACCAGCAACAAAUCAACUUCUCAAGCAGCACGGGCAGCAGUGGAAUCGGCGGGCCCUUUCAAUCCAGUUCUGCGACGUACGAUCCUAAUGAUGAGUUGAAGCCGCUGCCUGGUGAUAAGGCGCGGAUUGUGCGCACGCGAGAUGAAAGGAUUGGCUUGGGGAGAGCAGGGUGA